AUGAAAUCACUCAAUCCCCAACUUCGGAAAAAGGGCUUGGAGAUGGUCCUGGACCCAUCCGUCGACCCGGCGCUGGGACCCGUCUACACCUUCCAGUCGGUCAAACCGGGCAUGACGAACAACGACGUGGCGUACCGCCUGUACUAUGCUGGAGAGGUGGCGAAGUGGAGUGCGUCGAGGAGGAAAGCCAUCGACAAGGCUGCGAAGAAGAUCAAGGCCCGGCAGGAGAAGGAGGAGAGAGAGAGGAAGCGCGCAGCGAGUGCGAGCGCCAGUUCGACGGCGGGUUCCAGUUCCGGUGCAAGCUCGAGUGGCAGCGGUGAGGAGUGA